AGACUUAUUCAGAUUGAAUCAAACCAAUUUCAUCAAACUCUGCUCAGGUUGGUUAUCAUCAAUCAUGGCUACAAAUUCUACUGCAUAUCUAGAGAGUCUUCCAGCCGUACCGGUCUGGCUAAACAAAGGGGACAACGCAUGGCAACUGAUUGCAGCAACGCUUGUAGCGUUGCAGAGUAUGCCGGGAUUAGUAAUUCUUUAUGGCAGUAUCGUUAAGAAGAAAUGGGCUGUUAACUCAGCUUUCAUGGCUCUUUAUGCUUUUGCUGCUGUGUUGCUUUUAUGGGUAUUGGUUUGUUACAAAAUGGCUUUUGGUGAGGAACUUCUUCCUUUCUGGGGUAGAGGUGGAUUUGCUCUCGGGCAAGGUUAUCUGCUCAAGCAAGGUAAAUUACCCGCAACCACUCAUUUUCGUAAAGAUGGUUCCGUAGAAACAGCCAUGACCGAACCGUAUUAUCCCAUGGCUUCUCUCGUGUACUUCCAAUUCACGUUUGCAGCUAUUACACUCAUAUUACUGGCCGGUUCAGUACUCGGUCGGAUGAAUAUCAGAGCUUGGAUGGCAUUUGUUCCUCUUUGGUUAAUCUUUUCUUAUACAGUCGGCGCAUUUAGUCUUUGGGGUGGCGGGUUUCUUUAUCAUUGGGGUGUCAUCGAUUUUGCCGGUGGUUAUGUUAUUCAUCUAUCGUCAGGAGUUGCCGGAUUGACCGCAGCUUAUUGGGUGGGACCAAGGAUGCAGUGUGACAAAGAGAGAUUUCCUCCAAACAAUGUUUUGCUGGCUCUAGCUGGAGCUGGAUUGUUGUGGAUGGGUUGGUCUGGCUUCAAUGGAGGAGCACCAUAUGCUGCGAAUAUUGAUGCUUCCAUCGCUGUUCUGAAUACUAAUAUUUGCGCUGCAACAAGUCUUCUAAUGUGGACUAGUCUAGAUGUGUUCUACUUUGGUAAACCAUCUGUAGUUGGAGCUAUUCAAGGAAUGAUUACAGGACUUGUUUGUAUUACUCCUGGAGCAGGUGUAGUUCAGUCGUGGGCUGCGAUAGUGAUGGGAAUACUUGCAGGUAGCAUACCAUGGUUUACCAUGAUGAUACUGCACAAGAAAUCUUCACUGCUGCAGAAGGUGGAUGAUACGUUGGGCGUGUUUCAUACCCACGCGGUAGCGGGAAUAUUAGGCGGGACACUUACCGGUCUAUUAGCCGAACCACAUCUAUGUGAUAUGGUCCUGCCAGUGAAAGGUUCAAUGGGUGGAUUCUAUGGUGGCACGGGUGGGAUACAAUUCAUGAAACAAAUAGUCGCAGCGCUAUUUGUGAUCGGAUGGAACUUAGUAAUGACUUCGAUUAUACUUUUGUUGAUAAGAACAGUAAUACCAUUGAGAAUGCCUGAUCAUGAACUUUUGAUAGGAGAUGAUGCAGCUCAUGGUGAAGAAGCUUAUGCUCUUUGGGGUGAUGGUGAAAAGUAUGAUGAAUCUAAGCAUGGUAUUAAUUCACCUAAUCAUCAACUAACACCAACAAGAGAAACUGAUCGUGAUACUGCUGUUGGUAUUACUGUUCAUAUAUAGGCUUUAAAAUUCUUCCCUUGUAAGCUGUGUGUGUUAUUAAGGCUUGUAAAUGACAGUUCCUUGUUGUGUUGUUAAUACUGAGAGUAUUGCCCAAAAAAAAAGAGAAAUUAAAAACAUAAAAA